AUGGCCAAUGCCCAAGAGCUUUCUUCCACAGAGUACUGCCGUGACAUGAUACUCAUGACAGAAGGAAUUCUUGAAGUGCUUCUUGUAAAUGCUGAAGGCAUUCAGCACCCACAUCUCAUUUGGAAGCCGACAUAUUACCUAAUUGCGGAAUGUGGUGCUCACGUGCAUAGAACCAAAAUUUCAUCAGGUAAAGAUGAUAAGGCUUGGUGGAAUGAAAAAUUCGCAUUUGAACUUCAACCAUCUGAUUUUAGAAAUUCCACCCAUUUGAAGAUCAGAAUCAAGAAGUCAGGAUUCUUCAGCCAGGGCACAUUUGCUGGAGAAACCAUAAUUUACCUCGGUGGAAUUUUUAGUGAGGGACUUGACAGAGGAUCAUUAGAAGUUGAACCAGCUCCAUACAAUGUAGUUCUUGAAGACAACACCUACAGAGGGCAAAUAACACUUGGUCUCAAAUUCAUCGCGAAUGUAUGCACGAAUCUGAAAUGA